AUGCUCAAGCAUUUCGACCCAGAUCGGUCCCCCGUAAUCGUGGUCUACGCUAGCAAGUGGGCUGUCUCAGCGGCCCUGAUACAGGAGUACGAUGGCGUGUACCAUCCGGUGACGUUUACUAGCCGCACUUUAAAGCCUAAUGAGCUUAACUACGGAACGGUAGAAAAAGAAGUGCUGGCGCUACUUCGUGUGUUGGAUGUAUGCUAUACUACGCUUGCCUCGCGGGAGAUCACUGUACUGACCCGACAUUCUACGUUAGCCUGGUUGAUGCAGUCUCGAGGGCUCAACGGGAGAUUAGGACGGUGGGCUGCUGUGUUGUCAAAUUGGACUAUGGAGGUGAAGAAAUGUGAAAGAGGAGAGGAAGAGAUCCUGGGCAUGUUAGCAGCGAGUAUCACUCCGAGAGGAGAAGUGGAAGAGAUGCUGAUUGCGAUCUCCCCACGAAAAGACUGUCGACUCAAAAUAUCGAUGCCUCCUCCAACGGUGGAAACAGAUGAGGAGUUGCUGGUGGCCAGUUUCGAUGGAUCGGCUAGGAUAAAAAAGAAAGGAGGGUCGUUCAGUGCCGUGAUAGGGAAGUUACCCGAAUGGACGAUCGUGGCGGCCGAAUCGAGAUAUGUUCACGAUCUGACUGUGAAUGAAGCUGAGUAUAAUGGCUUGCUACUGUGCUUUGAGUUACUCGCCGAUCUGGAUAGGGGGCGAGUAAUACUGUGUGGAGAUUCCAGUCUGGUGAUUCGACAGAUGCGCGGUGAGAUCGACUGCAAGGCACCGGGCCUUCAGCUUCUGAGACACAAAGCGUUGGAGAAGCUGCAGUCAUGGCCUAGUCAUGAGUUUCUGCAUAUGAAGCGAGAGUGGAAUCAGAGCGCAGAUCGACUAGCCAGCACAGCAUUGCAGAGCGAAAAGGGAAGAACGGUUGUAGCUGAAGAGGAUCGGCAAGAUCUGAUGACUCUGAACCGUCUCGAUGAAUUGUUGAAGCCCAAGCAAGAUGGUCAGCUAGCUCGGGUAACUGCGAUCACGAGAUCAGCCAGGAGGAUACGUCAUGAACCUGAAGUGAUACAGGAGGAGAUAGUACAGAGGAUCAGGAUUCAACGAAUUGUCCAAGCUCAAGAUGAAGAGCGUUGGAUUGUCAAUCUCAAGACAUAUCUAAGUGGCGAUGUAUCAAACUUGGAUGCGGUAGAAGUGAAGAUGUGCGCCAAACUGGCGCCGGAAUACGAGAUCGAUGAGAACAAUCUGCUAUUUUUUUGCCCCAUGGCGAAAAGAGAGUCGGAAGAUCGCGAUGGUUUGAUGCGGUUGGUGAUCCCGGAGACGUUGCAGCAGGAUUUUUUGCAUCACUAUCACACGAGUCUGGAAGGAGGCCAUCAGGGAAAGGAAACCCGAUGA